AUGGAUGGAUUGACUCCCGCUGAUAUCAAACCCACAACCUUUCUGUCGCAACACAGUCUCUCAAGCAAUAGACUGCUGUUCCACGCCGGGUCCACCCGCCACAACAACCUGUUUCUGACACCCUCGGCAUGGAUAACCGAACAUUGCGCUUUGCGUAAAUCCGUUUCACAACUUUUUUCCCGGAGGAUGGAUUUAAGCCAAAUUGCUUGAAACUGUAAUAGAUUAUCCUAAUUAUGGAUGUUGGCUUUAGACUGGAUCGAGUGACAUAUUCUGUGGUUUAGUGUUUUUUUCUUCUCACAGGAUUUGACAUCCUGCGAACAGUUGGAAAGAGUUGUAGCCUAAAUCUCGCCGGCUCUCAUGGGACUGAGGCAUUCGUCGCGUUGUUUGCUGCUACGGCGGAAGAUGGCGGAGGCGGACAGCUCGGAGCGGCACCAGCCUGUCAUGCCCCCCCUCUCUCAGUCUGCCCAGCCCUCCCCACUGCCUAAACCAGUGCCUACUACCCACCAUGUGCCCUGCGUCCCCCACACGCCUCAUGUAGCAUCUCUGGCCACCUGUCCUGGUCGAGGCAAGAUCGCCAAGUUCAUCAGCCCGGAGGACAUGACUUCACGGGACUACUACUUCGACUCUUACGCCCACUUCGGCAUCCACGAGGAGAUGCUGAAAGAUGAAGUGAGGACGCUGACCUAUCGCAAUGCCAUGUACCACAACAAGCACGUGUUCAAAGACAAAAUCGUCCUGGAUGUCGGCAGCGGUACAGGGAUCCUUUCUAUGUUUGCUGCCAACGCCGGUGCCAAGCACGUGUAUGGGAUCGAAUGUUCAAGUAUAUCUGAAUAUUCAGAGAAGAUUAUCAAAUCGAAUCACCUACACAAUGUCAUUACCAUCUUCAAGGGCAAGGUGGAGGAGGUGGAGCUGCCCGUGGAAAAGGUGGACAUCAUCAUCUCCGAGUGGAUGGGCUACUGCCUCUUCUACGAGUCCAUGCUCAACACCGUCAUCUUCGCCAGGGACAAGUGGCUGAAACCUGGUGGCCUGAUGUUCCCCGACAGAGCAGCUCUCUACGUGGUAGCCAUUGAGGACAGGCAGUACAAGGACUUUAAGAUUCAUUGGUGGGAAAACGUGUAUGGCUUCGACAUGAGUUGCAUCCGCAACGUGGCCAUCAAAGAGCCUCUGGUUGACGUGGUAGAUCCAAAGCAGGUGGUGACCAACGCCUGCCUCCUCAAGGAAGUGGACAUCUACACUGUGAAGCCAGAGGAUCUGUCUUUUACCUCAGCCUUCUGUCUGCAGAUCCAGCGCAAUGAUUACGUCCACGCUCUCGUCACCUACUUCAACAUUGAGUUCACCAAAUGUCACAAGAAGACUGGUUUCUCCACUGCCCCAGAUGCUCCCAGCACGCACUGGAAGCAGACAGUGUUUUAUUUAGAAGACUACUUAACUGUCAAGAAGGGAGAGGAGAUCUUCGGUAGUGUCGCUGUCCGACCCAAUGAGAAGAAUGUGCGUGACCUGGAGUUUACCCUGGAGCUGGACUUUAAAGGACAGCUGUGUGAGGCGGCCAUUUCUCAUGACUAUAAAAUGCGUUAACCGAGGCCCGGGGUGUGGAUCAGCCUUCAGCCCCUCCGGACACGACGACAGAGGGCGAACCGAUGCACCCGGCUG